AUGACGAUGGACAUCAAACAGUCGCGGAUGAACGGUGUCAAGGUGACACCGGGUAGUCCCGGAUCGACCUCGGGAGGCCCCCUAGCAGAUCUCCAUCUGCAGCAUCACCACCAUCACCAUCCGGUGGCAAAGCUCCCGGGCAGCCGGACAUCCGGGAAGCGAUCGUUCGACGUGGCGUUCCUCAUGAUGCCGGACGAGAAGCUGGCCCGGGGGAAGCACCCCAAGAGGCACCUCCUGCCCGCACCCGUCCCACCACAGGCACCGCCCUCACCGACGAUCGACGUUGAGAGUGACUCGACCCAGUCCGAACCACGGUCCGAGGAUCUCUCGCACAAAAGUGGCUUCAGUCCGAUCCGACCGACGUCGACCGAUGUUGAGCGGCACCACUUUGCACCGGACGUUCUACAGGCGGCGGCGGCAGCAGCUGCUGCAACCGGGCUGGGGCGCCCACCUCUUGCCUCACACACCGUCCAUCCGGCCGGCAGCUUGGGCGAUCUGCAAACCGAACGGCUGGCCUACCUGUUCCCGGGGGCCCGCUUCUACGAACCGUUCGCCGGCGGAGGUCCUUUUCCGCGCGGUGGCCCGGGAUCACUGACCGCUUCGCCCGAUCUCGCCGACCCACCGCGCAGUGCCUUCUCGAAGGUAGCCGCCAGCCUCGGAGUGCCGGAUUCGCCAGGACCACCACCGCUCAGUCCCGAUCGUCACAGUUGUCCCUCGACGAGCCCACCGAUAUCGCUUAGCCCCGGGUCACAGCACUCGUCCGGCUUCCGGUACGAGUACGGACCGUUCCUCACCCCAGCCGGAAGUCCUCCGGCCCGACCAGACGAUCCUCUCCACGGGAAGUCACCAUCGUCGCCGCCGGUGCUCGGAAAACAUCCGGCGCACGUGACGCACGGACCCGUCGGCCUCCUGUACCGACCGACGGGUCCUGUUCCGCUUGAUCCGCAGGACCCGAGCGCCAGUGCCACCCACCCUGCGUACUUCCCCGCCACCGGACCGCACUUCUCGAUCGGAGGACCGUUCGGUGGAGCGAGCGGUGGUACCCCACCCGUUCCCGAGGUGGAUGGGCUGAUGCGGAACCCGGCGGCCGCCGCCAUCCUUUCCACGCUGCUCCCGUCCGCCAUGAGCACGUUCACACUGUCGGCCCAGAACGUGUGCGCCAAGUGCAACAUCAGCUUCCGGAUGACGAGCGAUCUCGUCUAUCACAUGCGAUCGCACCACAAGAGCGAGCGAGAGGUGCACGAUCAGGCACGGCGGAAGCGCGAGGAUAAGCUCAAGUGUCCGGUGUGCAACGAGAGCUUCCGGGAGCGCCACCACCUGACGCGCCACAUGACCGCCCACCAGGACAAGGCGGGCGACCUGCUGGAGACGACGACCGGGAAGGGCUCGAAACGCUCGGUGGACCAGCAUCCGCAUGGUCUGCUCCCCGGUGUGCCGUCCGGACGCCUGGCAUAG